GCAUCCCGUCAUAACCAGACGUCAGUGGUCUGCGGCUGUAGCGUUUAGUGAGUUUGCUGCUAGCUUUGUACGGUGCACAAUAAACCAGCUACCAAGUAGCUACCAGCGUAUUAGUACACGGACAGUGAAUAAUACACACAGAUAACUGUGACGCGUGAGACAUUGUUCAGCUCGGGUCACACGAUCGAUUUCGCCAUUCAUCUGGAGUGAUAGGAGCUCCUUCAUGUCUAUGACAACAGGAAGGACUGCAGUGGAACUCUAAACUGUGACACCAGCAUCUUCCUCCAUCACUGCUCCCACCUUCCUCUCGUCCGCCCGCUGCUCUUUCUGGUUGCCUCCUUCGAGUUCUCAACAUGGCGACCAUGUCCCCACUCUGGCUGUGCCACUGACCUCCACCCUGGACCACCGCCAUGGAGAGAAAACGCAGAAAGAAAUUCAUCUAGCUGCUCAGGCCGUUCUCAGUAUGGACUCAGUUUUGGAGCUCUGGACCUGAUAAUGCUCUGUCCCGAACCUUUAAUCCCCCAACCAGGUUGUCUGCUGCUCAGUUUUCCUCUUGACGCGCCACGACUGCUGCUGAAGUAUAAAAGUGCCCGCUCAGACUGAUGGUCUGCGCUGCUUCACAACUCAAGAUGCUCCUGCUCCCGGUGUGGGCGUCCAUGGUUUUGGGGCUGCUGAUGGGCUUCCUGCCUGUGGUGGGGAUGGAGCCGACGCGAGGAGCCGCAUCGGACUCUGACCACGCCCCCAACGUAGAGCCCCUCCCCUCGUCGUCAAGCUCCAACUGCUCCGACUUAACCGUCAAGCUGGAGUUCUCCACCAAGGUGGUGGAACAUGAGUACAUCAUAGGGUUCACGGGGUAUUUCUCGGCCAAAGCCCGCAGCCUGUACAUCAGUAGCGCCCUGCGGAAUGCCGCGGACGACGGAGCGCUGGAGUGGCGCAUCGUCCCUCGGGAGAACCCCGCCUCCGACUUCCCCAGCGACUUCGAGCUGGUCCACAUCCGGCAAGCCUCGCCCGGCAGCCUGCGGACCCUAGAGGACCACCCUUACAUCAAGAGGGUGACGCCGCAGCGCAAAGUGUUCCGCAUGCUCAAAUACACUCUCUCGCCCGAACCCGCCACUCCUGGCAACGCCACCCGCUCGUGGCAGUCGUCCCGCCCCUUCCGGCGAACCAGCCUGUCGCUGAGCUCGGGCUUCUGGCACGCCACUGGUCGCCACUCCAGCCGGCGGCUGCUGCGGGCCAUCCCCCGCCACGUCGCCCAGAUCCUGCAGGCCGACGUGCUCUGGCAGAUGGGACACACCGGAUCCGGUGUGAAGGUGGCAGUGUUUGAUACAGGCCUGAGUGAGAAGCACCCGCAUUUUAAGAACGUAAAGGAGAGGACCAACUGGACUAAUGAAAAAACACUGGAUGACGGUCUGGGCCACGGUACUUUUGUAGCAGGAGUGAUAGCCAGCAUGAGGGAGUGUCAGGGCUUUGCCCCCGACUCGGAGCUGCACAUCUUCAGAGUGUUCACCAACAACCAGGUAUCGUACACGUCGUGGUUUCUGGACGCUUUCAACUACGCCAUCCUGAAGAAGAUUGAUGUUCUCAAUCUCAGCAUCGGGGGGCCUGACUUCAUGGACCACCCGUUUGUUGAUAAGGUGUGGGAGCUCACUGCCAACAAAGUGAUCAUGGUGUCUGCUAUUGGCAAUGAUGGACCUCUAUAUGGCACCCUGAACAACCCAGCAGACCAGAUGGAUGUGAUUGGGGUCGGGGGGAUCGACUUUGAGGACAACAUCGCUCGGUUUUCCUCCAGAGGCAUGACCACCUGGGAGCUGCCGGGGGGCUACGGCAGGGUGAAGCCCGACAUCGUCACCUACGGUUCUGGCGUCCGGGGGUCGGGGAUGAAGGAGGGCUGUCGCUCUCUGUCCGGCACCAGCGUGGCGUCCCCCGUGGUGGCCGGCGCCGUCACUCUCCUAGCGAGCACCGUCCUGAACAGGGAGUUGGUGAACCCAGCCUCCAUGAAGCAGGCUCUCAUCGCCUCGGCCCGCAGGCUGCCGGGGGUCAACAUGUUCGAGCAGGGCCACGGGAAGCUAGACCUGAUCAGAGCCUACCAGAUCCUCAACAGCUACAAGCCUCAGGCCAGUCUUUCUCCCAGCUACAUCGACCUGACGGAGUCUCCGUACAUGUGGCCGUACUGCUCUCAGCCCAUCUACUACGGAGGGAUGCCCACCAUCGUCAACGUCACCAUUCUCAACGGAAUGGGUGUCACUGGCAGGAUUGUCGACAAGCCCAUCUGGCAGCCAUACCUCCCUCAGAACGGCGACCACAUCGACGUGGCCGUCUCCUACUCGCCUGUGCUGUGGCCGUGGGCCGGCUACCUCGCCGUGUCCAUCUCCGUGGCCAAGAAAGCGGCGUCGUGGGAAGGGAUCGCUCAAGGUCACGUGAUGGUCACGGUGGCCUCGCCUGCAGAGAACGCCUCUGAGGCGGGCAGCGAGAUGACCUCCACGGUCAAACUGCCCAUCAAGGUGAAGAUCGUGCCAACCCCCCCGCGCAGCAAGAGGGUGCUGUGGGACCAGUACCACAACCUGCGCUACCCGCCCGGUUACUUUCCCCGAGACAACCUCCGCAUGAAGAACGACCCACUAGACUGGAAUGGAGACCACAUCCACACUAACUUCAAGGACAUGUACCAGCACCUGAGGAGUAUGGGAUACUUUGUCGAGGUGCUCGGAGCGCCCAUCACCUGCUUUGAUGCCAGCCAGUAUGGCACUUUGCUGAUGGUGGACAGCGAGGAGGAGUAUUUCCCCGAAGAGAUCACCAAGCUGAGGAGAGACAUCGACAAUGGCCUGUCGCUCAUCGUCUUCAGCGACUGGUACAACACCUCUGUCAUGAGGAAGGUCAAGUUCUACGACGAAAACACCAGGCAGUGGUGGAUGCCAGACACAGGGGGUGCUAACGUACCGGCUCUGAACGACCUGAUCUCCGUGUGGGGGAUGGCUUUCAGUGACGGGCUGUACGAGGGAGACUUCACCCUGGCUGAUCAUGACAUGUACUAUGCCUCAGGCUGCAGCAUCGCCCGUUUCCCAGAAGACGGAAUAGUGAUUGCCAAGAAUCUCAAGGACCAAGGUCUGGAAGUGUUAAAGCAGGAGACGGCAGUAGUGGAGGGAGUUCCCAUCCUCGGACUAUACCAAACACCGUCUGACGGGGGAGGUCGCAUCGCUCUGUACGGCGAUUCUAACUGUAUAGACGACAGCCACAGACAGAAAGACUGCUUCUGGAUGCUGGACGCUCUCCUUCAGUACACCUCCUACAGUAUGACCCCUCCCAGCCUCAGCCACUCCCACAGCAGGGUGACCCCGCCCACGGGCACCGAGCGCCCACUGCCACUGAGACUGGAGGGCAACCAUCUUUACCGCUACUCCAAAGUUCUAGAGCCUCACCUGGGAGACCCUAAGCCCCGCCCACUACCUGCCUGCCCUCACCUGUCUUGGGCAAAGCCACAGCCGCUCAAUGAGACAGCACCCAGUAACCUGUGGAAGCACCAGAAGCUUCUCUCGGUGGAUCUGGACAAAGUGGCUCUACCUAACGUGAGGGCUUACCGUCCCCAGGUCAGACCUCUGUCUCCCGGGGAGAGCGGGGCCUGGGACAUCCCGGGAGGGAUAAUGCCCGGCCGCUACAACCAAGAGGUGGGCCAGACCAUUCCCGUGUUCGCCUUCCUGGGAGCGAUGGUCGUCCUGUCUUUCUUCGUGGUCCAGCUCACAAAGGCCAAGAGCAAACCCAAGCGCAGGAAACCGCGCAUCAAACGGCCGACGUACCUCCAGCAGCAGCAGCAGCAGCAGCAGCAGCAGCAGACAAUGACGACGACUGGGAAAAACCCGGCAGUUUGACUGGAACUGCAACUCUGGACUGCUGCUGGAGAGCGGUGUUCACCUCCCAAAAACUGAGACGCUGUUAAACGGGACAACUUGUGUUGAGGAGCAACGCCGGAGGUGUGGGGUUAUGCGGCGUCUAAUGAGCCGUCGAGGCGGACGUCCGGCUGCUCUGAAGCCUGCCACCGAGACCCCGGGCGUCUCUUGGAUGCUGAAAAAACUGUUUGUGCCUCUUGUCUAUUCAAGGCUGUGUGUGUGUGUGUGUGUGUGAGAGAGAGAGAGAGAGA